GCAAAAGGUAAGCAAAGUUUGGCGCGGUUUGAACUGGUUCUUCUUGUCUUUUUUUCUCAUCUGAAGAUUGCCCAAAAUCUACAAUAGGUGAGACGUCACUAUGCAGUAUAAACCGAAGAUCAUCGUGGCGCUAGGGCUCGUCCUGCUCCUACUGGGGACCGUGACGUUCAUCCUGGGCGCCGUGCUGAGGGGCAUGUUCCCCGUCCGCUACCAUCUCAUCGGCGCGCCGAUAUGGAGCGGCUUUAUCACCAUAAUAGCCGGCUUGAUGGCCCUGCUGGCAGCCAGAGUGAAGUCCCGCAAUGACGACGCGCCUGUCGUCAUUUAUAUGAUUGCCGGUUUCAUGCCCAUGGCCGUGGUGCUGUCCAUCCUGGCCGCGUUCUUCUGCGUCAUGCUGUCCGUGUCAGCCGUGCUGUGCGAUCCGCUGGACAUCUUCGGGGGCACAUGUGAGGACCCGCGCGACCAGACUGAGCUAGGCCUGCUGUACACCGUGCUGGUCCUGUCUGCCGUGGCGGUGUGUGUGGACAUCGGACUCGGCUUCCACACCUGCGACCUGCAGCGUGAUAAAGACGACCGCAACACGAUGGCAAUGAACAACAUGUAAAAGUGACGUCUGAAGGCUGUACGACUUGUUCUGAUGAUCAACGUAAGGGCCGAUACAAGAGGGAGAAGUGAAGGAGUUAUUCAAUAAUAUAUAGAAGAUAAUACGAUAUAUCUUUAGCUAUAACAUUAAAAAAACUCAUUUUCCCCUUAUGUUAUGGUGUGAUUUGGGCUUCCUGGUACGAAUGAAUUCUACACGGCAUAGCCAACGUCUUGCCGAAAUGAGCUCCCUAAUGAUUUUGCUACUAGUUUAAUGUUUCUUCCAUCAAUAUGUAGAUUCCUAAUGACAUAGAUCAUUAGUAUAUAUUUCAUCAUUGGGCAAUGUUAGACCUUGUGUGUUUUCGUUAUGUUUGUCUUUUUCCGAAGUAAUAUAUUAACUAAAAGCAUGGUGUAUAGAAUACAUAUGCUACAUCCCUAGAGCUUUUAUGCAAACGUUAAAACUUUCUAUUUUCUUGAAUAUUCAUUAUUUUAUCGUUGAUACGCUAUCAAAGUAACUAAAAAUAUAAAUAAUAAGAUACCUAACCUUGUAUAUGUUUAUGUUAAUGCGGUUUACCGAAACGUUUUUUUUUUCAAACCUUUAUUUUGUCACAUUUAUACCACAUGCUCUAUACUUGCAUGGUGUAUGUAUCGUAAAUUUUUUUUUCUUUUUUUUUUCUUUUUUUUUUCGUAUGUAUCGUAAAAUAAACAAUAAAGCCAGUAUUGGAAUUAUCAUAACAAAAAAAAACUGCGGCAUCAUCAAUCAAAUGUCAAUGAAGCAAUUAAGGUAAAUGAUGAUUGUGUGAAGAGUGCUUUUACUGUGCACUUACUUAGCAUUAGGGAAGCCCCAUAAGGCCACAUCAAGUAAUUUUUGUGGAUGACGUAACCUGGAGAUCCUUAAUCUAAUGCGCAAAAAAAAAGAUGGGCCGAAAAAAGCAAGAUGCCUAGAUUUGAAAUAUAC